AUGGCGUUGAAGAUACCCCCUAUCAGUAAAUUUGGCAAAGACUACCUGACAGGAAGGGUCACUGAAGAAGGAAGGAUGGUUACAGAGGAGAAUGUCUCUGCAGUGAUCCAGCGGAGUGACCUCCCAUCAAAGAAGACCGACCUAGAGAUGUUCACACUACCAAUCUCAAUUGGAGACAUUCAAGUGGAGCACGCAAUGUGUGAUCUAGAGGUGUCUAUCAGUGUGCUGUUGUAUUCUAUAUACAAGAAGCUGGGAGAGCCUAAGCUUCUCGACACCGACAUCAUGAUACAGCUAGCCGAUAGGUCUUGCAUUCACCCCGAGGGAAUUCUUGAAGAUGUGAUAGUGAAGGUGAACAACUUCAUGUACCCAGUCGACUUCUUCGUCAUCAAAAUGACAGAGCCAGCAGCGAAGGAGUCUAGUGGAGUCUUAUUGGGGAGGCCAUUCUUGUCUACAGCCAGCACAAUAAUCGACGUCCGCAAAGGGACGAUCAGUCUGGACUUCAAUGGAGAACAAUUCACGUUCAACAUCGAUGAAGCGAUGAAGAGGUCGAGGGACAGUGAGAACAUGCACUCAAUGUACACAGUCGAGCCUCUGGUGCAAGAGUAUCUAGAAGAGGAGUCCUACAGAGACAAUUCACAGACUCUGCAGCAGACGAAGAAAUUGAGAAAGAAGUCACUGACUGGUACGACGCUAUGA